AACAAUAAUAAAUUCACCUCCCACAAGACACAUAGAAGAGAGAGAGAGAGAGAGAGAGCGUUUUCGUUUCUCUCAUACAUAUAUACUCAAACUUAUACACAUAAAUAAAACCACAUCAAAAUUCUAAGAAUUCACCACCCUUAUUUUUUUUUGCUCUCUGUUUAUAUUUUUAUUUUAUUUAUUUUUUCUCAUAUAUCAACUGCUGUAAUUGUUCUUUGAGAAAAAUAGAGACUAUGCUAGGAGACUCAGCUGUUUUGAGUGGCGGUGGAGAUGCAGCAGCAACACCCAACAUGACGGCCGAAGCGGCGGUUGCUGGUGGUGGAGUUGGAUCAAAUUCAGAGAGUGAUGUUGAAAGAAGUAGAAUUGAUGAAGGUGAACGUAGCUUCAGCGGUAACCGGUGGCCGCGACAAGAAACUAUGGCCCUUUUAAGGAUACGAUCGGAUAUGGACACAACCUUUCGAGAUGCAAGUGUUAAAGGUCCUUUGUGGGAUGAAGUUUCAAGGAAGCUAGCAGAACUUGGGUACCACAGAAGUGCAAAGAAAUGCAAAGAGAAAUUUGAAAAUGUUUAUAAGUAUCACAAGAGAACAAAAGAUGGUCGCGGUGGAAAAUCAGAUGGUAAAACUUAUCGAUUUUUCGAUCAAUUAGAAGCUCUUGAUCAUUUUCAUAACCCUCCUUCAAAUCAUCCUCAACCUCAAAAUCAACCACAAAUUUCUGCACCAACAAUCGCACCGCCACAAGUUGUUACAACAACUGCAACAAUUUCGAUCCCAAUUGCAGAACCAGCAACAAUUCCAAUGUCAUUGCGCCCGGUGGUUAACACAACUCUUAGUAUCCCCAAUGCAAGUGUUCCAUUAAUUCCCAUGCCUCAGAACAAUAUUGUAACUACUCAAUCAAUUAUGAAUAUGAACCAAACAAUCCCUUCUAAUCCUUCAACAAAUUUCCAACCAUCAACUAUAAAUCCUGCUACCAUCGCCUCUCUUCCGUCUUUCCCUAACAUUUCAACAGAUCUAUUUUCAAAUUCCAUGGCGAGUUCAUACUCGACUUCUUCUGAUGACACAAUGGAAGAAGGAUCCAGAAAGAGGAAGAGAAAAUGGACUAACUUUUUCGAGAGACUGAUGAAGGAAGUGAUUGAGAAACAAGAGGAUUUGCAUAAGAGAUUCUUGGAAGCUAUUGAAAAACGCGAACAAGAUCGAAUGGCUAGAGAAGAAGCUUGGAGAGAACAAGAGAUGCAAAGAAUCAAUAGAGAGAGGGAAAUUCUUGCACAAGAAAGAUCUGUAUCUGCAGCAAAAGAUGCUGCAAUUAUGUCUUUCUUGCAAAAAAUUGCUGAACAACAAAAUCUUGGACAAGCAUUGAAUAUCAUCAACAUUGCACAACCACCACCACCACCACAACAACAACCACAAAAACAACGGAGUGCAGCAGCAGCAGCAGCAGCACCAACACCACUACCGCCUGCACCAACACCAAUAUCAGUGGUACAACAAGUACAAGCCCACCCACCACCGUCUUCUAAACCGGCCCCACCGACAGCCCCGCAGCAGCAACAGCAGUCGGUAACAAAUAUGGAAAUAGUAAAAGUUGAUAAUAAUGGUGAGAAUUUCAUGGGAGUGAGUCCGUCGAGGUGGCCAAAAGUGGAAGUUCAAGCACUGAUAAAUCUGAGAACAAGCAUGGAUAAUAAGUACCAAGAGAAUGUACCAAAAGGCCCUCUAUGGGAGGAAAUUUCUUCAGCAAUGAAGAACCUUGGUUACAAUAGGAAUGCAAAAAGAUGCAAAGAGAAAUGGGAGAACAUAAACAAGUACUUCAAGAAAGUGAAGGAAAGUAACAAGAAAAGACCAGAAGAUUCCAAGACAUGUCCUUAUUUUCAUCAGUUGGAUGCUUUGUAUAAGGAGAAAGGCAAAGGGGACAAUUCCGGUGGCAGCGGUGGUUCGAGCCAGGUGGUGAAGGCGGAUAACAUGACAGCGCCGUUAAUGGUUAGGCCGGAGCAACAAUGGCCACCUCAGCAGGAAGAAGAUAGGAUGAAUCGGGACCGUGGAGAGGAAGAAGAUGAUAUGGAUGAAGAUGAUAAAGAAGGAGAAGACGAAAACGAACAAGAUAUGGAUGAAAGUGGCGGCUGCGGUGGAGGUGGUAGUAGUAACUUUGAGGUAGUGGCAGCAAGCAAGCCUACGGUGGAUGCAUCAGCUUGAGAUGUAGCUAGUGAUAAUGGAGCAUGCAAAAAGGUCCAAAAGAAUAUAAACAAAAAUGAGUUUGUUGGGUGGGUCAGAGAAUAUUGCAGGAGUUGUCGAAAAGGUGGAGGAGAAUGGUGGUGGUGGUGGUGAUGGUGGAGAGAGACACUAUCUUGUGUUUGUGGAAGAAUUUGAAAAAACGUGUACGGUGGAUCGAAAUUGGAAUGACAGAUGGGCUUUGUGGAGGGAAACUUGGUGGGGGUUAGUUGGUACUUUUGUUGUAGCAUUGAUUAUAUAUGUUUUUCAAUUUUAUAAAAUUUGUUUAUUUUUUGGGGGGUGAUUAAUAAGUGAGAAGUCCAAUUAGAGAGAAUUAUUCAAGAUAUUAGAGAGAGUCCAUCAGUUCAUAUUUCAAAGUGUCAAAAUAAUCAAACUAGAGACCUUAAUUAAUUAAGGUUGUAUUUUAUUUUCAUCUUGUUUUAAGUUUAUGCUAGUGUAAAUUGGACAAGAUUAUUUGGGAUUUUAGUUUUUUCUAAAAUGUUUUGUUGGUA